UAAGCUGAACAGAGCAAGAGUUGUAUGAGCGGGUUUUGUAAAAACAAUAGUAAGUAGUAAUGAGUAAUUUGUUAUAAAACGUGUAAGGAAAGUGUUAGAAAAAGGAUUUUUUAGAUAUCAAAUCAGAAUACAAAUGAAAUAGAUUGUAAAGAAACUUGCAAGUGUUGAAAAAAUAAGUUUUCAAACCAGGAUAAUAUCAAAAUAGAUUCUUAUACAAAUAUUCGCUAUGGAAGGUUCAAUUAAAUUUCUAAUCAUAGCUUUAUUAAUACCGAUAAUUUACGGGGAACUUUUUACAAAGAAUGAAGAGGAUGAUAUAAUGGCAUUCGUUGACAAUGUUAUGAAUUGCCGCCACAUACCGGGUAUGAAUCUUGCCAUUGUGAAAGGAAACAAGACUUGGACUCGCGGAUUUGGAUUUGCUGAUAUGAAGUCUCAAAGGGAAGCAACAAACGAUACUGUGUUUGCCAUUGGUUCCUUAGGAAAGGCGUUCACCAUGACAUUACUUGGAAUUUUUAUUCAAAAUACAAACUAUACGUGGAACACAAAGUUGAAUGAAAUCAAAGGCUUGAACCUUCAGUUUAUUGAUGAAAAGGUAACAAGGGAAGCAACUAUUGCAGAUCUCUUAGCUCACAGAACCGGGUUGUCUAGCGUAAAUGACUACGGAUUUAUUGCUGGAUACCCUGAGGGUACUGAUAGAAAGUUUCUUAGCAAGCGCACAAAGUACAUCCCGAAAAGUACAGAGUUCCGGGAAUCGUUCAUUUACAAUAAUAUGAUGUAUAUGCUGAUUGGUUACAUAACAGAAUUACUUGGAAUUGAGUCCUGGGAGCACUUGAUUACAUCACGCGUUUUGGAACCACUUGGAAUGACGUCAUCCAAAGUGUUGUUAUCAUCAACGGAUGUCCUAGAAGAUAACGUUGCCAAGCCGUAUAUUAUGCCAGGGGAUCAGCUUAAAGACGGACAUUACGAUAUAUACAAGAUGACGCCAUUAGAACCGGCUGGUGCAAUAAUGUCAAGUGCUAAUGACAUGGCACAAUGGAUGAGGUUUAACCUAAGAAAUGGUACAACCGACGACGGUCAUCAGUUGAUUGCAAAUCAUCUUUUACAGGAGGCAUUCCAGGAACACAAUAGUUUUCGUUACGAUGGUGCUUUCGUAAGUCAAGCAAAACCUAAGUAUCCAAUAGAUGAUCUGACGAAAGCCUACGGGUACGGCUGGUUUAUAUCAUCAUACAGAGAUUUUCGAAGGAUCUGGCACAGUGGUGGACUGUUUUCAUACAUUUCUUUAAUCUGGCUGUAUCCGGAUGAGCAGAUUGGAGUGUUUGCUAAUGUUAAUGGUCCGGGAACAGUUGCAGCACCGGGCUAUGCUUUAAGAACUAUAUUAUCAUAUGCGUCGGACAUUUUACUCGGACAGACGCCGUGGCUGGAUUUUGAAACAGCAUGCUCUUAUCCUAGCCCCUGGGUCAACAACACUAAAUAUUCUGGUCCGGAGACGAUUAACUUCACGAACGAUAGAAUUGAUGACUUUAUAGGGACAUAUGGUAACGUGCUCCUUCCGGAUAUAACUUUAUCUGUAAAGGAACGUGGCCAAGAUGAUAGAUACCUUUGGCUAGAAAUGAAUCGCAUCAAAGGCGAGCUCCUUCCUACAGCUAAGGUGAACGACUUUCAGUUUAGAAUGACUGAACCAUGGGAAUAUGCUAUUGAGAGAGUUUUAGGGGAAAACAUCGUGCUUAUGUACCAAGUGAAUUUCACAAGAUCUAACAAUGGCUUUGUUGAAGCAUUCACCAUGUCAUUAAGUGGCAAAGAUAUAAUGUUGUAUCGAAAGAAUUUACGUUUUAUGGACACAGACGAUGUAUCUUCAUCUACUAGCAAACGUGGUUCUUUUCUUUUUGUUGUGCUCUUUCUUAUAUCGGCGUCUGUAUUGAACUAAGUAUAGGACCAAUGGCAUCAUGUGUAGACAUUUGCGAGUAAACCGGUUUUAGAUAACUUUUUGUAUCAAAGAAGGCUUGUUUCAUAUCUUACCUUUUCUACAUAUGCUUUUAGAGAAUAUAAUAGUGGUAUACAGGUACGGUAAAUAGCCUGGGUUACCGAGGAUAAAGUGCUCAUUACUUUUCCACUAAUUAUGCUUUGUAAAGAUUUCACCGAAAGACGGCGCCAAAUUUUUACUUGAGCAAUGCCAUGAAACAUUUCAAGUGUCUGAGUGUGUAAAAGAACCUAAACUUACUUUAUCGUUUUAUAUAAAUUUAUCUCCUUUUUUAUGUCGUAAAUAUCAGAGGGCCUACAAAUUAUGUACUUUUUGAUGACGUAAGUAGUCCAAUAAAGAUGUCCUAGUGAGUGGACACUACCACAUUUUCUAUCAGAUUGCUAAGUGGGGUAUAACAGCAGAGAAUUGAUGAAAUGCACAUUAUUAAAGCUGCAAACUGGACUUUUCCAGAUCUAAGAAACAGUACGCAGUUUGUUUGUUUGUUUGUUUUGUUUUGUUUUACCGCGCACUAACACAAUUUAGGUCAAAUGGCACCGGAACAGGAAAGGUGAGUUUGACUUACCUCGGGUGUUACACACUUUAAGCAACGCCAUGGAUCAAAACCACCACACCUGCUGGAGCUAAGAGAUGCAUAGACUCCAAUAAUUCGAACGUAUUUUGUCGCCUCUUACAAUCACGCAGAGAUAAACUGUGGCUGCAGUUCUGAUGCCUCAACCAUUAUUGGUAACCCCUCAGUCUGAGGGGUAAAAUAGUGCGCAGUACUUUGAAGAUCAUUAAAGAAAUGUGCAAGAAUUGAAGACCAUUUAACAUUUAAUUGACCUGGUUAGUACAACUCUGCGAUGAAUUUCAACUGUCAGUCUAGAUUAUUCAUUUUCUAUUAAACUGAAAAUCACGACCUCCUGAUGGAUGUAAAAUGAAUUUCGUUACAUUUUAAGUUAAAAUGAUUAAUACAAAAUGUAAAAUAUUAUAUCAAAAAAUUUAAUUUAUAUCAAUGCACGUGUUAUAGAAUUUGACAAUCGGACAUUAGAUUUCGUAUUUUAUCUGAAUGAAAAAUGAGAAAAACAUGAUAUGAGCGUAUUUAAUUAUAUUGCGCACUAGACGAUAACAAAUGCUUUCAAAAUACUUAGCCUCGAACUCCUCUGAAAUAUUUUUUACUACGUGACCAUAUUGAUAUUCAGAGUGUGCUCAUGAAUUUUAACAAGGUACAUUGAAAACAUUCCGACAAACAAUUAAAUAUUUAAUGAAUUUUCCAUUUAAUCUGUAGCUUUGAAUACUUGUAGACACUUGUUUCUUCAUGUGUAUGAAUUAAACACACAUCAAAUCGAA